AUGGCCUCUCGGCGCCUAGCGUUCAACUUCAACCAGGCUCUGCGGAGCCGUGCUGCCUUGAAGGCCGUUCAGCCCGUGAAGCGUGGCUUUGCUUCUCCGGUCGCCUUGCCGUCCACCACCCAGUCGACGACUCUCUCCAACGGAUUCACGAUUGCGACUGAAUACUCCCCAUGGGCUCAGACAUCCACUGUUGGCGUCUGGAUCGACGCCGGCAGCAGGGCAGAGACUGACAAGACCAACGGAACCGCACACUUCCUUGAGCACCUUGCCUUCAAGGGUACCAACAAGAGAACCCAGCACCAGCUGGAACUCGAGAUCGAAAACAUGGGUGCUCACCUGAACGCUUACACUUCGAGGGAAAACACUGUCUACUACGCCAAGUCUUUCAACAACGAUGUCCCCAAGGCCGUCGACAUCCUCGCCGAUAUCCUGCAGAACUCGAAGUUGGAGCCCGCUGCUAUCGAGCGUGAGAGAGAUGUGAUUCUGCGUGAGCAGGAGGAGGUCGACAAGCAGCUCGAGGAGGUUGUCUUUGACCACCUGCACGCCACUGCUUUCCAGAACCAGCCCCUUGGUCGCACCAUCCUCGGCCCCAAGGAGAACAUCCAGACUAUCUCCCGGGAUAACUUGACCGACUACAUCAAGACCAACUACACUGCUGACCGCAUGGUUCUGGUCGGUGCCGGUGGCAUCCCCCACGAGCAGCUCGUCAAGCUGGCUGAGCAGCACUUCGGUUCCCUCCCCAGCAAGCCCCCAACCUCCGCUGCUCUCGCUCUCACCGCUGAGCAGAAGCGUACCCCCGAGUUCAUCGGAUCCGAGGUCAGAAUUCGUGACGACACUCUUCCUUCUGCCCACAUCGCCGUCGCUGUUGAGGGUGUCAGCUGGAAGGAUGACGACUACUUCACUGCUCUCGUCGCCCAGGCCAUCGUCGGCAACUGGGAUCGUGCCAUGGGCAACUCCCCCUACCUCGGCAGCCGCCUCAGCUCUUUCGUCAACCACCACAACCUUGCCAACAGCUUCAUGAGCUUCUCCACUAGCUACAGCGACACUGGUCUGUGGGGUAUCUACAUGGUCUCGGAGAACCUGACCAGGCUCAACGACCUGGUCCACUUCGCCCUCCGUGAGUGGUCUCGCCUGUGCUACAACGUCUCCGCUGCCGAGGUUGAGCGUGCCAAGGCUCAGCUCAAGGCCUCCAUCCUCCUGUCCCUCGACGGCACCACUGCCGUUGCCGAGGACAUUGGUCGCCAGAUCAUCACCACUGGCCGUCGCCUCAGCCCUGAGGACGUUGAGCGCAUUAUUGGCCGCAUCACCGAGAAGGACGUCAUGGACUUCGCCAACCGCAAAAUCUGGGAUCAGGACAUCGCUAUCAGCGCUGUCGGUUCCAUUGAGGGCAUCCUGGACUACCAGCGCAUCCGCAAUAACAUGAGCCGUAACUCCCUGUAA